AUGACAACACAAGUGAAACCUUCACUCGUCACCGAUGAAGCCAAUGAAUUGAAAGGAUCUUCAAACUCGUCGACAUCUGCUUCCAACGAUCGUAUAUUUGCUCCACUUAAUAUACCAUGGUAUCGUCGUUGCCAAACAUUAACUCUUGUCAUAUGGUGGUUAUCACCAUGGUAUUGUUUAUAUUUAACUAUGCAUUUACUUUUUUUCGAUCGUUGGUAUUCCACUAUAUGCAUUUUACUCUAUAUGGCAUGGAUGUACCUAUUUCGAACUUUUCCUAAGACAGGUGGCCAUAGACAACAGUGGCUUCGUAAACUGAUUUGGUGGAAAUGGUUUAGUGAUUAUUUUCCAAUUCAUUUACAUAAAACAUGUGAUUUACCACCUGAUCGUCCCUAUAUAUUUGGUUAUCAUCCACAUGGAAUUAUUGCUUUAGGAGCAUUUGGUAAUUUCGCAACUGAAGCUACUGGUUUUGAAAAGUUAUUUCCUGGUAUAAAUGCUCGUUUUCUUGUACUAAAUUCCAAUUUUCAAAUACCAUUUUAUGAUCUAUUUUUAACAAUGAUGGGUGUAUGUGAUGCAUCGAAAGAAUCAUGUAAUUAUAUAUUAAAACAAGGUAAAGGCAAUAGUAUUGUCUUAGUUCUUGGAGGUUCAAAAGAAGCAUUAGAUGCACAUCCAUCUUCUAAAUAUCUAUUAACACUUAAGAAUCGUAAAGGUUUUGUUAAAGUUGCUCUUACAAAUGGUGCAAGUCUAGUUCCGGUAUUUUCAUUCGGUGAAAAUGAUCUGUAUGAUCAAGUAUCUAAUCCACGUGGAUCAAAAUUACGAUCGCUACAAAUGUCUCUACAAAAAAUGAUGGGUUAUUCAUUACCAUUAUUUCAUGGUCGUGGCAUUUUUCAAUAUAAAAUUGGACUUUUACCUAACCGUCAUCCAAUCAAUACAUAUGUUGGUGAACCAAUUGAAGUACCAAAACUUGCACCAGAACUUAUAACAUCUCAAUUAAUUGAUGAAUAUCAUACGAAAUAUAUGAAUGCAUUAACACAUUUAUUUGAUACACAUAAAGCAAAACAUGGUGAUGUAAACUCAUCGAUCGUUUUCGUCGAUGAUCCUAGUCGAUAG